AUGGGACAAGACGAGGAAAAAGGAAAUGAAAAAAUUGGGCUGAAACGAGAGCUAGGUCUUUUCAGCGCAGUCAGUAUCAUCGUGGCUGUUAUGAUCGGUUCUGGAAUUUUCGUGUCGCCCACCAGCGCCCUCGAGAGAUCAGGAUCGGUUGGCUUUUGUCUAGUCGUCUGGAUUACGUGCGGCUUCCUAUCUCUGUUAGGUGCUCUCGCUUUCGCCGAAUUAAGCACAGUGGUGCCACGAUCCGGUGCCGAAUAUGCCUACUUCAUUGAAGCUUUCUCGCCUUUGCACAAUUACGCUGGACAAAUACCAGCUUUUAUCUGUUCCUGGGUUUACGUGGUAUUAUUACGACCAGCGGAAGUAGCGGUCGUUAUGUUGACAUUCGCUGAAUACAGCGUGCAACCAUUCUCUGGAUAUCUGACCAACCUUCCCGAGGAAUCGAUGUUCAAGCUGAAAAAGUUCAUAGCUAUUUUAGCUCUUGGCCUGAUCACGUACAUCAAUCUGACAAGCGUUAAGCUAUACGUGAAAGUUCAGAAUAUAUUCACCGUAUGCAAAGUAAUCGCGUGUGUGUUCGUAAUCGGAGGUGGGAUUUGGUGGUUGUCUACUGGACACACGGAAUUAUUGGAAAAUCCAUUUCACGGUAGCACCAUUUCACUUGGUAACGUUGCAUUGGCCUUUUACAGUGGAUUAUGGGCUUACGACGGUUGGACUUCAGCUGCAAUUGUCACGGAAGAGAUUCAAAAACCAGAAGUCAAUAUACUUAGAAGUAUACUAAUCGCUGUACCCCUGAUCACUGUUUUGUACGUUUCGAUGAACCUGAUGUACAUGGCGGCUCUAACAAUGCCGGAAAUGGUCAGCGCGCCAGCUGUAGCGGUCCUCUGGGCGAAAAAAGUAUUGCCUCCUUGGUUAGGUUUCGCGAUACCACUCGGUGUUGCCUUGUCUACCUUUGGAUGCAGCCUUAGUAUUCAAUUUGGAGUAUCCAGACUCUGCUACGUGGCUGGAACCGAAGGCCACGUACCCAGUGUUUUUAGCUUUGUACAUAUUGAGAAGAUGACACCUGCAGCAGCAGUAGCACUUCAAGGGUUGCUAGCAUUGGUCUGUCUACUAUUAGGAAAUAUUAUAGCACUGAUUGAAUUCGCUAGUUUUCUGACUUGGGUCUUUUACGGACUUGCGAUGAUAUCGUUGAUAAUUAUGCGACGGACGAAACCAGAUGCACCUAGACCGUACGCUGUACCGAUCGUAAUACCUUGGCUAGUAUUAAUAGUUUCAAUUUUCUUGGCUGUAACACCGAUCAUACAUGAACCGUCGUUCAAAUACCUGUUUGCGCUCUUAUUUAUUCUUUGCGGUAUCGGUAUCUACCAUGCGUACGUGUAUAAGAAAGCCAGGAGUACUUUGGCGAGUGAACUCACGUACCUGAUCCAAGCAUUAUGUCUAGUUGUUUCUCCGGAUAAAGAAGACUGA